CCUCUAGGUACCUACAUAGAGGUGCCUCGGUGCUGAAGUUUCCCUGCACGUAGGUACCUGCUUACAUUCACAUAUGUACAUAUGCAUGCCAUUUAAGAGGCAGGCACCUCCUCCUCGAAGGCACCCCAUGCGGCCGUGCCUCUGCUAAUGUGAUGUAGGCGGUGGAAUAUAUAUGAGGUACCUGCAUCUCGGGCUGUUUACUGUAUUGGCGCACCUCUCCGUCCUUCCUCAACCCCAAACAGGCGAGAAGAACAGAUAUGCACAGCCUAAGCACGUCCAUUCUUCUCAAAUCUAUUUCAAAUUUAUUUCAAAUCUAGGCACCUCUACGAUGCUACGCCGAUGUCCGGCGAAACCUGCGUACCAGAGGUCCUAUCGUGGUCGUGACAGCGCGCAAUCCGAUGGUGGUCUGAAGUCGAGACCGUGGAGGAUGAAGUGCCUCUUGGAGUUGCAAGCCCUGUCCAAGCCCUCGAGUUUCUCCGUCCGACUGCGCUCCGCUGCCGCUGCAGACCUUAGACUAGCAGAGUAGUCUUCCGCCGUUCUAGUUUCGGGAUCCCGCCAGUUGCUAUAGCUGCAACCUGUCCGAGAAAUCGAGCAAGCACGAACACGUCUGCACUAGACAAGGUAGAGAGACAGGCGUACUCUGCCCGCCGAUCCACCGUGCUGCUAGUUACCGUGGCGGACCGGAUGUGAUGCGACAGGAAUUUACUUUCAAGAACUAGAACGACCGACCAUUGCAGGAAGGGCUAGCUGCGUAUGCGGUACUAGCACUGCCGGGUUGUUGCGCGGGCUCGCGAAGUCGUGACGAUGGCCGAGAACGUGAGACAAUAAGCAACGCCGGUUUCCCAUCACCGUGACAUCAUGACGUCCAGCAUAGAUUGCCGUGAGCUAGCCAGCAGCAGGUUGGGAAACACCGCUAUCCCUUCUUACGGCCUUGGGAUGUGUGCGUUGUCGAGCUCGUAGAGCGCCGUCGGGAAGGCCGUCACCACGCGCGAGACGGCGGGUUAUACCUGAGUGGGUGGGUCACCCUAUGAGAAACUGCCAACUCACUAUGCAUAGAACAGAGCCUGAAGUUGAGGCGAGGGAAAAGGCGGUAUGUGUGUGUGCGCUGGAGAUAUAAAUACAUAUAUAGGGUAAGGUACAUAUAUAUAUAUAUAAAGGCCGGCCGUCC